AUGGAUUUGCGCACGAUCAUGAACACCGACGGCGGCGCUUCCAAUCCUCCUCCAAACUCGGCCAGUUCGCCCAUAUCCGACCAAACCCCCCAAAAGCGCGUGAAGAAGGCCGCUUCUUACUCUGAAUCUUCUUCACGUCCCCCCCAAGCUCCCCCAUUGCAAUACCCACCGCACGCUUCCCUAGAGCAAAGCUCACCGUACGCCUCCCUUCAAUCACCAUACCAGCAGUUCAACUCCGGCACCGCGAUUAAUACUGCAGCUAGACCUCAGCGCAGUCAGACUCCUCCACAAGUCUCGACACCGUAUGGUCCUGGCACGCGUGAUACUUUUGGCGCGCCGGUAUACGGGUCGCACCCUCAACACCCUGGCGGUCCUCUAGUCUCACCCUACACCCCACAACCCUUGAGUGCAGGACCACAGCAUCCAGAACAGCAGUCCUACUUCGCUCAGCAGCGCUCUCAACAGCGUUCUCAAUCACUUCAAUCGUUGAUGACAAACCCUCAAGCUCCAACCGAAUCAUUCCGCAGCCCUCCCGUCGCUCCACAACCUCUUCCAUCACAGCAGUUCUCCCCCUCGGCCCAUCGAUCUGUUGCCGGUACUCCUUUAAGACCACCUCCCGCAUUUGCAUCCCGCCAGUCACCAUCAACGGCCCGUCCGCCAUCCUCCGGACACGACUCUCCGCGCAAUCCCCUAUCCAGCCCGAGGCCCACACAAGAAACUCAGAUACGAGACCAGGUUCAAACGCAGUCGCCUGUAACUCAACGACCAUUCUCUUCGCAUAGUUCCCGACCCUCUGAGCCAACUCCUCAUCCUUCUUCUGCGGGGUUGAAGCAAGAGUCAACGGAUAGUGCUAGUCCCAAAUCCGUCUCCCGUCACAAUAGUAUCGUCACAGCCUCCGAGUCAGCGACCGCUGGUCCAUUCCGUUCCUCUGAAGACCGGAUCUUGAUUGAAAGUCCCACCACACAAAAGGCUUUCACCACGGGAUCAGACUUUUUCACCUCUCCAAUGGCGCCGGGCAGUCAAAUGAACAGUUCACCCUCUGGCGCUCGUGGAGGCACUCACGCCCUAAAGAUGGAGAUUGACUACCAACCACGUACUGAGGCACAACAACCCAAGCAAAAGAGAAGGAGAUAUAACGAGCCUCCAAUCUAUGCUCGGCUGACACCUCGCAACACUAGCAAACGCCCCAUUAUUCCCAAUCCCCGAGCCCCAAUUCCUAAAGGCGCAAGACAGAGCCAGCAAGAGUUUUCUUGGGCUGCUCGUAGACGGUCCUCCUCGAUCAAGACAGUGACCCCGGCGGCACGGGUCACCCGAGCACCCACUGUUCCUUCACCAAGAACUAGUGUACCUCCUGUAAAGGCUCCCCCAGCACCUCCCUCUUCCCUAAUUCCCCCGUCGAGUAAUUCGCAGGCGGUAGGCUCGUUGGGUCCUUGGGAGCCGUCGAUUACUGGCUUCAUUCCACAUGAGGAGGUUACCAAAACUCUGUGCGAUUUCUUAUUCCAACAUGUGGUCAUGCGAAAUGAUGUCAAUGCCGGACCGACAGGCUCUGCUGCAGCCGGCCAGGGGGCGAUCAUUGAGAUUGAGGCGAAGCUGGGUCAUAUCAUCGACUUGGACAGCAGAGACCGGAUUAAUCUCCCAAUUUUGACGGAAAGCAUCAUCAAUCGGGAACAUACACGGCUUCGCACAUCGUUCGAGAGCAAAAUGACCGUGGAACAACAUCGAGCUAUGAACAAUUUCCUGAACGAGGCUGUCAAAGCCUCAAUGCCGCAGCCCAAUUCGACUCGGAUCCCACUUGCAUACGUGCACAAGAAAGAACGCGAUACCUUCUACGAGAUCCAAGCAUCUGAACUACCCCCGGUGAUCCGUCAGAAUUUGAACCCGAGACACAAACCCAAAGUCCGAGUAACGACCGAUGAACGAACCGGCGAGAUCCUCGCCAAAAUCGUCAAAUGUCGAGUUGCUGAUUUGGACGUGUGCAGUCCGCGGACCACCGUGGAUUGGCGCGUCAGUAUCAAUCUGGAAAUGGAGUACACAGGCGACGUCAGCACUCUGCCAAUGAUAGAUACAUCCGUCGCAAAAGGUGGACGAGGCGAUCGCAUCAAAGACCGCAUGAGCUACAGCCACUUGGCCUACCAGGUGGACCUGACCCAGGUAGCUAAAUCCGAACAACAACCGGGCAAGCCUGAGUUCGAGCACGAGCUUGAAGUUGAAGUCUCGGGUGCUGAAGUCCGUCGCCAGGGCCAGCUUGCUAUGUCAGGCGAUCUGAAGAACCAGUACGAGGACCUUGUCAAAGGCUUCGUGGAUAACAUCCGUCUGCUGGCUCGAGCGGUGCCGCCUUGA